AUGCACGUAUUUCCGACUCGUGGUAAAUUGAAGGUUACGGUAGCAGACCACUUCAACAAUAAGCGGUUUGUUGACAAACUUAAUGCUUGGUUGCAAGCAGUUAAUCUUAAGGAGAUUUGCAAAAAUGAUUGUGUUUGCAGUCGACAUUUCACUGGCAACGAUUUUUGUGUUCCAGGCACUGAGAGCGAUACACUUAAGAAAGCUGAACUUCAAGAUGCCAAAAAAAUUUGUGAAGAUUUAUUGGAAAAUCAAAAUUCAAGCGGACCUCAGUAUUUACACUUUGAGCCUGAAGUCAAUAUGGUUCAAGAAGUUUAUGAAGCAGAUGUUUGUGCAUCUGAUGAAAGUAAAUGUAAAUUUAUGGAGUUCCUUACAAGUGAAAAGAAGUUAAGUGCCGCCACUGGAAUUGAAAAUUUUGAUAUUUUCAAUACCAUUCAAAAUCUGUGCUACAGCUUCUUAGCUAUUAUUUUUAAUAGUGUUAGUGAACAACGGUGUCAAAGAAUAUUUACUGAAACUUUGGUUACGUUGAGUAAAGUUCUAAAAGGGUGUAUUCGAUGGCCAUCUAGAGAUGAAAUAAGAAAAAAUAUUCCAUUGUGCUUUGAAGAUUUUGAAGAUACUCGUAUAGUGUUAGAUUAUACAGAAAUUUUCAUUCAAAAUCCAAAAGAAAUUUGUUGUCAGAUCAUUGCAUACUCCUACUACAAAGGAAAUGUAACCUUAAAGUUUAUGACAGGUGUAACUCCAGCAGGGGAUAUUUCUUUUAUAAGUAAAGUGUAUGGUGGUAGGACGAGUGACUCUAAAAUAUUUGAACAGAGUGAGCUGAUGACUUUGCUUCAACCUGGAGACUAUAUUAUGGUAGACUGUGGAUUUCUGAUUGAGGAAUUAUACCAAAAAAACCAAACUCCUAAAGUUGCCAAAGCUCGGGUCCGUGUGGAGAGGUCGAAUCAAAGAAUAAAAGCUUUUGAAGUUUUAGGUUCAACAAUGCCUUCCAACCUUGUUCCAUUUGCAGAAGAUAUCAUGACAGUGGAGCUUCAUAUAAAAAUGGUUUUGGUUGAUUAG